AUGGCUGACCAAACGCCCAAAUCCUAUCACACCGAUCCUAAUCUCUACCUCUAUACCUCUCUCACAGCGGGCUCCUCUCAGAUAAUCACCGCAACAUCGCGCAUGGAAACCAUACUGAAAGCGAACAAGAUCCGAUUCCAAGCUUUAGACGUCGCUACAGAUGAGAAAGCCCGCAUGCUAUGGGGCCGAAGAGCAGGGAAAAGAAAGCUACCAGGGCUAGUCAGGAUGGGCAUGAUCGUUGGCGAUUUGGAGGAGGUAGAGGAGUGGAACGAGUAUGGCGAGCUUAGGGACAACGUUGAACCUGGACCCAAGCCAGCCCCAUCGGCACCAGCAACGCCUUCGAAGGCCCCAACUGCUCCAUCCUUAGAGAUCCUGUCCAAAGCACCUGCCACAAAUCCUGUCACUCCCUCCAAACCGCCUGCCCUCGUUUCGUCCACAGAAACUCCACCUCGUGCUGCUCCGUCUUCAACAGAUAGUCCUCUGACUACGGCCAUGCGACAAGCUGGCUUCGAAGCAGCGAGAAAAGCUGGAGAUGCCAAGUCGAAAGCUCGCGCUGAGGCGCUACAGGCGUCAAAAGCUCAGGCAGAUACACCAACCUCAGAGACACUACAAAAACUAGAUAAUUCAAGUCCAACAGGUAUGCCACCACCGAGUGGGGCCACGGAGGCGGGGGAAGCGCUGAAGCCCGAGACGGGGAACACAAGUGCGGAAGGAAACGCGGACGAUGUGCCUGUUACGGAAGAGGGAAAAAGAGAGGCUGAGGAAGAAGGCAAGAAUUCGAAUGUGCACGGACUGGGGGCAAUGGACGCUGACAAGGUGGAGACUGACGGCAAAGAGACGAAGAUGUUAAGGUCGAAGAAGGCAGAGGAUUCAGCAACUGAGGCCACAGUAGCUAGCGAAUCCGAGGAAGUACUGGAAGGCCGAGGACAAGCUGAAUCCUUCUCCGAAGACAUACCGAACUCCAAGGAGGUCGAGGAAGCGGCGAAUGCAUCAAUAAUGCAUGACAAGUCACACAUUGUUCUCGUCGGGUCGCGGGAAGCGGACAGGACUCCACCAUCCGAGCCAGUCGAUGAGAAAGAGGAGUUGAGUGAUCCGAAAGAGAAAGAUGGAUCGAAGCUGAAGGAAGCCACGAAUGUUUCGGACGAAGGCCAGGGACUCCCAGGGGAUAAGACGCAGGAUCAGCCUGCAGCGAGUGGGGUGGAAGCUGGGAAUAGCGUUGCUGACUGA